GCCCAUAUGGGAAUGGCUCUGAGCCGGGAUGGGAACAACACCAUCGCUUGCGGCCCCGGGCUGAGGUGGGAAUGCAACCACAACAUCCACGUUGGGGGGGUCUGCACCGUGCUGGACCCCGAACUGCGGCCACUGCAGGUGUUGGAGGCUGGACAUCAGGGCUGUGUUCCCAGCAUGGUGGACCUGGUGUUCCUGUUCGACGGCUCCGGCAGUCUGAAAGCACAUGAGUUCAAGGCCAUCCGGGAUUUCAUGGUGGAGGUGAUGGAGCAGCUGAGCAACAGCUCCUUCAGGUUUGCAGCCGUGCAGUUCUCGGAUUCCCCGGAGCCGGUUUUCUCUCUCCGCGAUUACUCGGAGCGGCCGCAGCCCCGGGAGCUGCUGCGCGACGUCCGGCAGCAGGGCGGCUUCACCGACACCUUCAAAGCCGUCCAAUAUGUCGCGGAGCAGAUCUUCACGGUGGAGAACGGCUCCCGGCCCGGCGCCCGCCGGGUUCUCAUCAUCAUCACCGACGGCGACGCCACCGACAGCGGCACCGUGCAGGCGGCCGAGGAGCGCGGCAUCGUGCGCUACGUCAUCGGGCUGGGUGAGAACUUCAAUAACGACGAGAGCAAGAAGAAGUUGGAGCAGCUGGCCUCCCAGCCCAGCCACCAUUUUGUCGCCGUGCUCAAAGAAUUCGAGCACCUGCAGGGGCUCUUCAGGGAGCUGCAGGACCGGAUCUACGCCAUUGAGGGCACUUCAGCUCAGCACCGCUUCCAUUUGGAGCUCAGCAACGCCGGGAUCAGCGCAGCCAGCUUCAAUGGCCGGCUGCUGACGGGGGCGGUGGGGGCUGACAGCUGGGCAGGGGGGCUCCUCCAGAUCGACCCCCCCCCAGAAAGCUUCAUGCCCAACCCAGAAGAGGACGGAGCCAACGCAUAUCUGGGUUACGCCCUGGUGGGGGUCCCGUGGGCCGAGCGACCCCUGCUGGCUGUCGGAGCCCCCCGGCAUCGGCAUGUGGGGAGCGUGGAGCUGCUCUGGGGGGGGGACGGGGGGUGGCAGAGACUGCAGAGACUGGAUGGGGAGCAGGUCGGCUCGUACUUCGGCUCCUCGCUCUGCGCCCUGGGCGGCGCCGGCCGCUCGCUGCUGGUCGGAGCGCCGCUGUUCUACGAUGGGAGGAGGGGGGGCAGAGUGCACGUCUACCAAUGGCGGGGGGACCGCCUGCAGGCUGUAGGGCAGCUCUGGGGCUCAGCCGGGCAGCCUUUGGGGCGUUUUGGGGCGGCGCUGGCGGCUCUCGGGGACUCGGAUGGGGACGGGGAGCCCGAGGUGGCCGUGGGGGCUCCGAUGGAGGACGGGGGGCGAGGAGCCCUUUAUGUCUACAGGGGGGUGCGGCAGCCGCUGCACGUCCAGCGCCUGGAGGGCCGCGCUUUGGGUUUGGGGUUGCGGCAUUUUGGGGCGGCGCUGCACGGGGCCGAGGAUCUGAAUGGGGACGGAAUGACGGACAUCGCCGUGGGGACGGACGGACGGGUCGUCAUCAUGAGCUCGGUCCCGCUGCUCUCGGUGGCGGCUCAGCUCUCGGUUUCGGUUCGGCGCCUCCCGAUCUUCUGGGGUCGCUGUGGGGUGGCUGGCGACGCUGUGGGGCUGCAGCUCUGCUUCCAUCCGCAUCUGCACAGCCCCACGUACAGCGGCCAGCUGCAGCUCCCCAUCGUGUUCUUGCUGGCCGUGGACCCCCAGCGCCGUUUGGGUCGGGGGUCUCUGAGUUCCGGAUCCCAAAAGUGGGAGGGGCGGCUGGAGCUGCGGGGGGGGCAGCAGUGCCUCAAUGAGAGCCUGAGUGUCCAGCCGUGCCCCGAUGACUCCCUCACCCCAUUGAGGCUGGCCGUCAAUUUCUCCCUGGACCCCACAAACUACUCCACAGACGACCUCAAACCCGUCCUCGACCCCACAGCCACGCUGCGGAACCGCGCCGAGGACGCGCGGAGCGUCAGCGUCUGCAUCCGGCACCCCGGCGGCACGGCGCUGCGCAGGGCCAGGGCGGCCGCGGAGGGGGACUCAACCCCGGUGCCCAUCGACUGCCGGGAGCUGACAGUGGGGACAGACGUGGGGACAGACGUGGGGACAGACGUGGGGACAGACGUGGGGACAGAC